AUGUACAACCGGUAUAUUCCUCCCACCAAGGGAAGGCCAACCGUCGACCAAUCACAAACCCAACCAGCUGCUCCCGUAGCCAACUUCUCCGCUGCGCAACCUUACUCUCGCUACAUUCCUGGCCAAGCCCCAGCAGAACCGGCCCCAUCUGCGCCCCCGCAACCACAACGAAUUGUCUUCAACGACGCCGAUCUCCCACCAAUCGAUCACAGCAAGCGGGCUCGAACGCUAGACGAAGAAUUGCCGGGGUGUGGGGAAAACAAGAAGUCCAAAAAGACCAAGUCGAAGAGGGGCAAGGAUGUGACCGAACACGGGGCUGGGGAGGAGUCUAAGUCACGUCAACGCGAGAAGACUGUGACCGCCGAGGAGAAUACAGUACCAGAAACUCAACCCGCGGCCAAUGGUGAUGUACUACCAGACGCCGACGCGGAACCCGUGCCAAACUCAGCGGAAAAAAGACCGAAGCGCGAUAAGAAGAAGAAAAAGAAGACGAUAGAUAGGGACGGCGAUACCUCAAUGUUUGACGCCGAGGACGACAGUAUCCGGCAGAGGCAUAAGGGAGUGUUUGAAAAGGUGCAAAAAGCCUUGCAGGUUAAGGAGGGAGUCGAGGAUUCCGACGAGGAAGAGUCGGAACCUGCGGAGGAGCACGGGCUCGAGCCUCUGCCCCAACCCGAGCCCGUGAUAUUCGACGAGUCGAAACUCACAUAUGAAACACUCCCGCCAUGGCUUGCUUCCCCGGUCCGCGUGGGCCCGGGUAUCACACGGCCGUUUACCAAAUUGGGGAUCUCUGCGGAGUCGUCUAAAGUCCUUGAAUCCAAGGGAUUUGGGGGUGCGUUCGCGGUACAGACAGCGGUCUUGCCCCUACUACUACCGUCUCCUGACAGGCAAGGGGACGUGGUAGUCGCCGCACCUACUGGCUCCGGGAAAACCCUGUCCUACGUCCUCCCGAUGGUUCACGACGUCAGCCAAAGCCGCAUCACGAGGCUGCGGGGCCUGAUCGUGCUGCCGACGAGAGAUUUGGUGCAACAAGUUCAGCUUGCCUGUGAGGCAUGCGCGCCCGCCUUUGCUCUCAACGGAGGCAAGAGGGUCAAGGUCGGCACGGCUAUCGGGAAUAGGGUGUUUAGGGACGAGCAGUCCACCAUUAUGGGCAUAGAGCAACGCUACGACCCCGCUGGUUACGAAAAGUCCAUUCAAAAACGGGACCGGCUUACCAUGGUGGAGGAUUCAGACGAGGAGGACGAUGGCUUUGAGUUGAACCCAACGGAGCCCCUGCCUCACCAUGUCAUCACCCACGUGUCUAAGGUAGACAUUCUGAUCUGCACUCCUGGUCGGCUGGUGGAACACAUCACCAAAACUCCUGGAUUUUCCCUUGAUUACGUCCGAUGGUUAGUUGUUGACGAGGCGGAUAAGUUGCUGGCACAAGAUUUCCAGAAAUGGUUGGACACAGUGAUGGGGCCGCUGAGCAACACCAGACCAGGGGCUCGCGACUUUCCCACUUCUAACAAGUCGGGCGUUCGGAAAGUUAUCCUUAGUGCGACGAUGACUCGGGAUCUGAGUUUGCUGAACGGCUUGAAAUUGUUCAGGCCGAAGCUAGUGGUGGUUGAAGGCACUAAGGCUGGCGAGCAAAACCUGCCUCCGCUCCUCAAAGAGUACGGCGUCAAGGUCCGGGAUCCGAGUCUCAAGCCUCUGUACCUGGUUGAACUACUACGAAGCAAGCAUAUUGCACCGGUCAGUCAGGAAGCGCCGGAGUCCAUGGAAUCUGAUACAGAUGAGUCGGGCUCAUCCUCAUCAGAGUCCGAAUCUGAAACCGAUUCGGAUCUAUCAGCAUCAGACUCAGAUUCCGAGUCGUCGUCCUCCUCCGAAGACGAAUCAAACGCCAAACGCACCGCGGCCAGCGCGCCGACCAAAAUUAACAGCAGACCCCCUAAAUUCCCCACCACCGCCCUCAUUUUCACAAAAUCCAACGAAUCUGCCCUUCGCCUUUCCCGCCUCCUCGCUCUUCUCGCUCCCGAUCUCGCACCCCUCAUCGGCACCCUCACCUCCUCAACCAAAACCUCCCGCCGCGCCCGUACUCUACGCGCCUUCGCCUCCCCCUCCAGUCAACUCCGCAUCCUCGUCGCCUCCGACCUGGUCUCGCGCGGCAUCGACCUGCUCAACCUUGAGCACGUCAUCAACUACGACCUGCCGGUCACCGAGACAUCGUAUGUCCACCGUGUUGGGCGGACGGCGCGUGCCGGGCGGAAGGGUUGUGCCUGGACAUUGGUGGAACAUGCUGAGGCGAGACGGUUUUGGAGGGAGUUUGCUGGUGAAGGGAAUGGGGCGGUGACCAGUAUUGGGAGGGAAGGGACGGUGGAGAGGGUGAAUGUGGUGGGUGAGGGAGGCUUUGGGGAGGAGAAGGUGGAGGAGUAUGAGAGGGCGUUGGAGGUUCUGAGGAGAGAGGCUGUUGGUGGGGAGGGGAGGAGGUAG